UUGGACAAGAGAAGCCUGACUGCAGCUGUCUGGUAGCCAGGUUAAUGCAAGCACUGCCCAGCGUUCCUCAUCAGCAAACAGCUAAUUUUACAACGUUUGCGAAAUCAAGCUCUUCUACCGAAGUUGCAAAUGUCUUCUCUCAGCUCAUGACCUCCCAGGUCAUUGACAUGAUCGACUCAGAGAUGGCAAAACAUCUUGAUCAGAAGAAAGAAUUAACUCUGGAUGAAGCAAGGAUCCUGUCAACAACACCUGACAAAGAUGAGCCUGUGCUUGGCAAACUCCGUAGCCCUGAUUCCCAAGGUGGUUUGAUGUCAAGGCUCCUCAAAAGGUUCCUCUCAGAGUUCAAAUCGGCUGAUUUGCCUGUCCAUGGUGCAGUUGAUGAUGUCACAGCUUUAGCAUCCACCAGUGAGAAGACACAGUCUGCAUCCGCCAAACUUGAAGAUGUGCUAGGGCUCUUCACAAGUGUGAUGGUUCACAGAGUGCUGGAGCUCCUUGAUGCCGACUUGGAAGGGAAACAGGGCGGGGACCUUGACCUGCCAAAGGGAGUUUAUGACACAGACACGAGGCCUCCGAGUGCACUCAGCAUUCCUUUCAGCUCUACAGCUCCUUCCAUGCCAUACUCAGAUUCCACCAUCACUGAUAUAUACAAGUAUGUGACUGCCCGUGACAAACAGUUCAUCUCUGCUGCGUGCAAGCAUCCUGGAGACACCAAUGACAAUGGCUGUUUGGUCACAGCACUGGUACUGCGUCUGUUGACAAAGAUGCAAGACCAGCAGACCGGCUGUGCGGAUGCUAAAUCAGACACCCAGAAGCUGCUGGAACGGCUCUUGCUCGAGUUCACCAACGCAUCAGGCGCUCUGGAGUUCAGCGCGUAUGAGAACAACGCCAAACUGCAGGCAUUCUACCGCACCCUGAACACACGCCUGUUGAGAAACUUUGGAUCGCAGGGCAUCCUGCAGAGACCAGUGGAUGUAAAUGACUCAUCAUUUGAUGACCUGCUGAUGUCAGCAUUGAGCAAGGAGCUGCUGAAACAGUGCGAUGCGGAGGCCACGGCUGGCACAUCAGCCCCAGGUGCCCCACCCCCCCCUGAGCCUCAGACAGGAAGCACAGGCAGCAAGACACGCAAGAGGUGGUUCAGCUUCAAGAUUCCAAAGAGACACAGCAAAACGAAAGUGUCUCCCUCUGACGCCAUUUCUCCUGACACCAAUCAGAGUAACAACGCUGAUGCGGCUGUGCCUGUCCAGAAGCCUCAUAAACGCGCGAUGUUCAUCAGGUUGUUCGCGUGUUGCUUCAAAGGCUCAGAGGAAUCCUGAACCCCCUUCCCUUCUCCCAAACCUCCCCCAACUCCCACUGUAUCCCCAAAUUCCCUCCAUAUCCCUCCAUAUACCCCAACUCCCACAUCCUCCCAAAAAACACACACUCACACACGCACACGCACAGACCCUCAUACAGACACACCUACAAACACAAUCGCAGACACAGACACACACAAACACGUGGGUGCGCGCGCACACACACAGAGACACAGACACAGAGACACGCAAUGGUGAUCCUAAGAUGACUGGCGGCCCAGACAAAGCCCCCUCCGGUGCCCCACCUCCAACCUCCCCUGCAAUUUUUGGGGGAAAAUUGGUGAAAAAAACGUCCCGUAACAUCUGAAAAGAAGGUAUUACUGUGUUAUUAUUGCAAUAGUGUAGUAAUAGCACAGAAAUAACAUGUUAAUAGCGCUAGUUGGCGAUUUUUUAGAUGUCGUCGGGGGCAGUUUUGUGAUGGUGCCGCCAACAUGCGGGUGCCACCCCGCUCAAUUGCCUAGUUGGCCCACCCCUAGGACUGCCCCUGCAGACACACAAACAUGAACACACAGUUGCACGUACACACACACACACACACA